CUAAUUAAAACCUGCCAGCGAGCAGGUUAUCUGACCCCAGUUACUGACUCAGAGUUGAAGUUGACUGUUUUUCUGGAACAAGAAGAUCCGGAGUUUCCUCAGCUCAGGGUUAACAAACUCAGAGUUGUUCCUGGAGUAGAGCCCUGUUGCUGAGUCUGUGGACCUUUCAUACAGGAAUGAGGAGAACGCGGCUGUGUGCCAAUCACCUGUCAUGAUGCGGUGCCUUCAAAGCACAGCCACUUAAUUGGAAUUUUGGACAUUUAGUUGCAACUUGCCAGCAGUGUGGCGUGUGACACGUCCAGUCAUUGAAGGCGCAUAUUUCUAGGGACCCGUGAAGGCAUCGGCAGUGUGAGCUCUCUUGGGUUCAUACCGGCUGGGCCAAACAAUCAGACAUGGAUAUGAGUGACAAAAAGGGUCCUAUUACACUGAAAAUAAUCCUCAUAGGAAACUCUGGGGUGGGAAAAUCCUCCGUCAUGAACAGAUACGUGAAUCACCGCUUCACCAACAUGUACCGGGCCACUGUGGGGACCGACUUCCUCUCUAAAACAAUCAGCAUAGAUGGGGACACAGUCACGCUGCAGAUCUGGGACACAGCAGGCACAGAGAGGUUCCAGUCUCUGGGUACACCUCUGUACAGGGGAGCUCACUGCUGCAUGCUGGUGUUUGAUGUCACAUCCAAGGCCAGCUUCUCUGCUCUGGAUGGGUGGAGGAAGGAGUUUUUGAUCCAAGGGGAACCCAAGGAUCCUUCUGAUUUCCCUUUUAUUGUACUGGGCAACAAAACGGAUCUGAGCGACCGAGAGGUGUCUGACAAGCUGGCCCGGCAGUGGUGCGAGGAAAUUAGAGCUGAAUACUUUGAAGGAAGUGCCAAAGAAGAUCUGGAUGUAGAGAAGCCGUUUUUGAGAGCGGCUCAGCGUGGCUUACAGCAGUACAAAAAACACACAUUGGAAAAUACAGGACAUUUCCAGAUAACCUGCAAACAGCCGAGAGAAACUCGCAACACCUGUGAGUGCUGAGAGGCGCACUCGUCCCAGUGUGGAAGGGGAAAGUUCAG